AUGUCUAUUAGUAUCAAAUGGUGGAGACCAUUGCAAUCUGAUGAGAAAAGCAUGUCUUCAUUCGAAACCUUCUAUCCAUUUCCCCGUUUCCCACCUGAAAUCCGCCGGAUCAUCUAUCUCCUAGCAACCCCGCCACGUUACGUGUUUGUCAACGAAUACCCCAAGCCGGAUAGUGACUCCUAUGGGGACUUCUGCGAGUCGUUCGACACUCGAGUACCCAUACCUGGAAAUCUCACAAUACACCCAAGCCUGGCCUACUUCGCGCAUAACUGGUGCCAAAGGGUCCGGGUCAACAAGCCGCCCCGCGAAGCUUGGAAUUUUAACACCUACAACGCCAGACGCAGCAAAUCUUUACAGACAACGCUAGAUUCAUAUGGCUUCAUGAGCAGCAAAAAGCCAUACCAACCAUGGACCCCAACUGCUGAUGUCCCAGAGAUACCAGCCCAUUGGCUUGCUGAACGGCCUGCGUUAGCAUGGCAUUUCACGCGCGAGAGCCAUUUCCGUAGCAGAACGCCCAUCCCCCCUUUGCUCCAUACAUGCACCGAAUCGCGACAGGUACUAAUAGAUUAUGGAUAUGAGCUUACUUUCCGAACACGCACGAGUGGACCGCGCGUGUGGUUUUGUUACUGCUAUGAUGUGUUGUGUCUUCUUUCGCGCGGGUACGAUGACUCGUGUGGUGUAUUAGAUGGUUGCCCGUGGAAUAUUGGGCAGUUUCUUCCGGAUGAUCUGAGGAGGGUGAGGCGUCUUGCGAUACAGGAUACGUUUGAUCCAUCAGAUGAAUGUGGGAUUGCUCUUACUUCUGGGGCGCUGAGGUUGUUUUCUGGCAUUCGAGAGCUGUUAUUGAUACAGCAAAAUUUGCGGUGGGCACAUAAAUUUUGGUUUCCUGGUGUUGAGGAGGCAGGAGACCAAGGGGAAUGGACGUAUUUAGAUGAUCAGGAGUUGUGGGAUUGGGUGGCACCUGAUUUGGCAGAUAUUCUUGAUUAUGAUCUACGCAGGAAUCGCGAACGUCUCUGCCUUGAGUAUUACGAUGCGACUCUUGCUGAAUAUGAACGAGUUCAUAAGGGGGAUUUAUGUGGAUUCUUUCAAUAUGUCUCUAAAAAAUACGAAACGGGGUUAAGAGAUGAGAGAGUUCGGGUCCUUGGUGUUCGCGAAGAAGGGCAAAUGACCGUAACAACUUCUUGGAAUAUACCGAGUGUGACUCUUGUUACUUCUGGUCCGAAACAUGCGAUAAGGGCACUUCUCCGUUGCCGGGAGAGGUAUUGGCAGGACCCUCAGGAGAGGGAUUACAGAAACCCGAAUGCGAACCUUCGAAGCUUGUUCCCAUUUUAA